AUGGUACUUAACAAGAGCCCAGAAGAACUUGAUGAUCUCCAGACAUCACUUAUCUAUUUAGAGCAAGACUUGGAUAUGGAUCUAGAUAAUGAAAAUCUUAAAGUAAAGUUUGUUAAUGGCCUAUCAUUAGAGAAUGGACAAAACAUUUUGAAAAAACUCAUUUCUUUUGCUUCAGAUGGAGCAGCAGUAAUGAUGGGCAAUAAAAAAGGUGUAGCAAUGCAAUUAAAGCAAUUGUGUCCAUUCCUUGUUGUAAAUCAUUGUGUUGCCCAUCAAUUGGCAUUAGCUUGCAAAGAUGCAAGAAAAGAAAUUAUUUUUUAUAAUCAAGCUGAAGAAAUGAUGAAAAGGAUUUACAAAACUUGGUAUGAUGCUGUAAAAAAUGUAUGUGAAUCCUUACCAGCACUACUCAUUCUGUUUAAAGAAUCUGAAUCUGAAUUGUUUAAUGAUAUAGAGCCAGCAAUUAAAACAACAAUACAACUUAUUAAUUCAGAAUAUAUAGAUGCUCCUCAAGGAUUAUUUGGAAGAAAUUUGAAAGCAUUUAUUCAUCAAACAACUCCUUUUAAUAAUUCAAUAAUUAAUUAUAAUAAUCAUGUGCUUGUUUAUUCAGAUGAAGAUUAUGAUGACUUGUUAUUUCCAGAUUAUCCUUUGGUUACAGCAAUGAAAGCAUUGAAUCCUUCUGAGUGGCCAUCUAUUGAAUCUGAGGAUUUUAUUACAUUUGGGCUAUCAGAAUUAAAAUUUUGCACAAAAACAUUAGACAUGCUUAUGAGACUUAAUAUUGAAGGACCAGAAAGCAAGGACUUUGAUUAUGAUAAAGCAUUUAUUAUUUGGAAUAAAAAAUGUAAAAGAAAAG